AUGGAUUUACGAAAUCCUAUGGUAUUUUUGGGUGAACCAACUGACUCUAUCAGUGAAAGCUACCGACUCGUUAUUGAUGAAGUGUCAAAAUUUUGGAGUAAGGCAGGCAUUCCAGUGCAAUACAAUGCAAGAUGUGUAGCGAAAUUAGAAAAACUUUACACCAAUUACAGAAAUGCACAAACAAGUACAAAUUUAUCAGAUGUCGUGAAAGAGUUUUCAGAAUAUUUAGAUAAGUUAUUUGAUAUUACACAUGGUGAUGCUCAACAUACAGUCAGUAAUGACGUCUUGAAAUUUUUAGACGAUCAAAAGACGGUGAGAAAAUAUCAUUUAUACAUUAAUAAACGAGACAAAGAUUCCAUCGAGUCGAUUGAAAACCCUAUUUUUGAAAAAGACGACAAUAUCGCGGUGGUCCAAUCUAUUGAUGAAGACGAAAUUUGUGUAAACUACGGUGAUUCUACAAUUACCAAUAAUCGCUCAACGUCGGAUCUGACGUUACCUUCGAGUUCAAAAAGCUUAAGCGAGCAGAUUUUGAGCGGUGAAACAACGUCUACGUCUCAGCAAAGCACAUCAUCAACGUUCGAAUUAGAAGGACGCAACUACGAACCAAAACAUGAAAGAGGAAGGAUAAAUAUUCUCACUGAAGCUGUCGUUGCGACGUUAGAUAGUUGCAGAAUUUCCUAUAGGAAUUCUGUACGAGUGAUAUCAUCAAUAGCAACAGCUCUUGGGGUUGAUACCACUGAUUUAAUCCUUAAUAAGACUUCAUUUAAUGAAUACAGAUCAAAAAUCCGCCAGGAUGCUGCUGAAAAAAUGAAAAAAAGGUUUGGUGACAUUGAUGUUGGUCCAGCGGUUAUCCAUUGGGAUGGAAAAUUGAUACCUGAUCGUUUAUCCUGUGAAAAAGUUGACCGGGUUCCGAUAAUAGUGAGAAGUACUACUACUGAAAAAAUUUUAAACGUGCCUGCACUACCAGAUGGAAAAGGAUUGACUCAGGCAGAAGCAAUUUUUACAGCAAUUGGAAGAUUGGGGAAUUACUGA